CCGCACAGCGAGGACGGACCUGUGCCCAGAGCCCAGGACCUCGCUCAGAGGAGCCCGUCCGCAGGGUGAGACGGAGCCGACCGCCUCCUCACGGGCACAGGCUGCUUCUGAGCUCAGCGGCCGUCUCCUGCCCUGGGCGGCUCCCUGGGGGCCCUGCUGGCAGCUGCCCCUCCGGAAUGUGAGUAACUCUUCUGCUGCGCUUCCGCCCACGCGUCCCUGUGUGGUGACUCCUCGUCGGAGAGACCUGGGACCACAGCACUUGGUGCAGAGAAGCAUGAGAGAGUGACCACAGGGGACCGGCCUGGACCAUGGCUGUGACGGAGCGAGGACAGGGCCCGACCUCACCCUGAGCCGCCGGGAUGCAGCGCCGGGCCCCGAGCUUCAGGCCCCUCCUGCUCUGGCUCCUGCUGCCCUGGCCAGGCGCAGGGCAGUUCCAAGUGAAGGGACCAGGGUCACCAGUCACUGCCCGGGUGGGAGAAGCGGCUGUGCUUCCCUGCCACCUCAGCCCACCCGAGGAUGCUCAGGACAUGGAGAUCAGAUGGUACCGAGACCACCAAUCGGUACUGGUGCACGAGUACAGGGAUUCUCGGGACCACACGGAGCAACAGAGUCCCGAGUACCAAGGGAGGACAGAGCUCCUAAGAGAGAACAUCACCCAAGGCCAGGUGGCCCUGAGAAUCCAUCCCAUAUACCUUGAAGAUGAAGGGGAGUACAGCUGUGUCUUUGUAAGAUACACACAGCUCAGCCAAGCACAGGUUGAGCUGCAUGUCACAGCCUCAGGUGCAACUCCUAACAUCCACAUUCAGCCUGCGCACACAGGGAGCCUUACGCUGACCUGCUCGUCCUCGGGGUGGUACCCAGACCCCGAGCUCCAGUGGAGGGACCCACAAGGACGAUCUCUGUCACCUGACUCUGUGAAGAUGUCUGUACGAGGAGACGGCCUGAUCCACGUGGAAAGCUCCGUCACAGUGGAGGAAAGCUCAAGAGCAGAUGUGUCCUGUGCAGUCCAGAACCCUGUGCUCAGAGAGGAGAAGGAGGUGCAUCUCUCACUGGCAGAGGCCUUGUUCCCCCAGGUCAGCGCCUGGACGGUGGCCCUGGCUGUGCUUCUGGUGCUUCUGGCCGUCACCUUGAUGAUCACUGGUGUUCUCAUCCUGAGAUCUAGCAGAGCCCGAGAGAGAAUCGCUAAAGAACAUGACAGGACUGCUGAAGAACUUGAACGAAGAAAACUUUUCAUAAAGAAGUGUCUGAAGGAAGCUCGACAAUUUGCAGAAGACAUAGUUCUGGCUGAAGACACUGCGCACCCUCAGCUCUGGGUGUCAGAUGAUGGGAAGCGUGUUGAAUGUCGGUCAAGAAAGCGAGCUGUUCCUGAAACGCCUGCAAGAUUUACCUUUCUCCAAGCUGUGCUGGGUUGGAACAGCUUCUCCAGUGGGUGCCGUUACUGGGAGGUGUUAGUAGGAGGGAAUAAUAUGUGGACAAUAGGACUGUGCUCAGAUUCAGUCAACAGGGCCGCACAGUUUGAGGAUAUCCAUCCUGAGAAUGGUUUUUGGACCAUUAGCAGGAUUGAUGAUAAUUACCAGGCUCUUUCUCUCCCCCGUUAUCAUUUUGAGGUUUUAGCACCUCCCUUGAUAGUGGGGAUUUUUUUGCAAUAUGAGCAAGGACUGAUCUCUUUCUAUGAGGUGAAACACUUCACUAUACUCCAUACUUUCACAGCCAAGUUCACUCAGAACUUGAGGCCGUGUUUUCUUACUGGACUUCCCUCUCUAGGACAUUAUCCUCGCCUUUUCAUCCCCACAGUGCCACCACCAGAUGAACUUGGUCCUCUUUAGAACACACUUGAAGGGGCUUCCAUGGGGCUCGUCCCCAUGGGCCAGGGCAGCACACCACAUCCCAGGCAGAAUGGUGCACAGCAGGGCUGGGUCAUUCCCCUCCCAGGUCCAGGCUGCUUUGCCACCCUGUGGACAACUAAGUACAAACUCUGGUUUUUGCCCCUUUCUACUGCUCAUUCCUACAGCCUAGCAUCCCCUUAAUACACUUCUUUCUUCCUUGUUAGUUUAGAGAAAUGCAGCUACUUUUUGUUCUCCCUUUUUCACCAUGAGAUUCCGAAAAGAGUUGGAUACCUCCCUCAUUAGAUCACUGCCAUGAAAUUUUCACCAUGCUUUAGAACAGAGUAACAGUAAUUUUAUCCUUCACCACUGAGCAUUGUCUCUCGACUGGUAAAGUCAAAUGUGCUUAUUUGGUUGACCAUGUUUAUGAUGAAAUCAGUGUACUGGGAUCCCUACUGUGUGGGAUAUCAACAAAUUGAGUAAAAUUCAAUCUUAUCAACAAGACUAUGAACAAAGACAUUUUCAUAUGGCAAACAUCAUACAUAGCCCAACAUUCCUUUUCAAUUUUCUUAUCCUUUUUUAAAUUUUAAAAUACUCAC